AUGUUCGAGGAGGAGCGAGAUAGCGAGCAGUCCUCCGUGGACGAAGUGGACAAGCGGUUCGUCCAGCUUCGUUGUGCGGAGGAAUUCCAGGAGACGAUCGCAGUGGAGCAGGAGUGUUUGUGUGCACUGAUCGUCACGUCCUUCCUUUGUCCGUUUAGCGCAAAGAUGCUGCCUCUCGUAAAAGAGCGUCUCGUCGCCUCGGAGCUGCCGCAGGCCCGGCGUGUGCGCUACUUCCAUGUGGCGCUGGUGGCUGAGGAAAAGACGGACAUUGCCAGUCUGCUCAAGAAGGAUCCAGUUUUUCUCGCCACCAACCGCCCGCCAACGGAGCUGCAGAAGAAGCAGUUGCAUAAACAAGCGUACGAUAAUUUGCUGGAGCUGUUGAGCUUUCUUGAGGUCCGCAGCACGCCCUGCAUGAUGUUUUUUGUACAAGGUAAGGUAGUGCGAAUCUCGGAUGAGGUGGCGGAUGCGCCUCGCCUUAUAGCAACAGGAAGCUCCAUGAGAAAGUGGGAGGCUUGUCUCCAAAACGCCGUUGUGCGGCGCAAUGAGUUGAUGCGUGAGUACGAUGAGGCACAACGAAAAGAGAAGCGGCGGCUCGAGAAGGAGCGGCGCCGGGAGGCAAGACGACGGGCAAAGGCUGAGGAGGCAGAGGAGGAUGAGGAGGAUGAGGACUGA